AAAACACUCAAAACUUUUUCCUCUUGAGUUUCCCAUUUUCUCUUCUAAUAUAUCCUUUUUAAUACAUGGAUGUUUUAAAGUUACUCAGGUUUUCUGUUUUGCUUUGUUUCCUUUGUCAAAUAAGCAAAAACAAUGAAGUUUAUGCCUCGCACAUGGUUUAUCCAGAGCUUCAGUCUAUUAGUGCAGUUACGGUCAAACAAAUUCACAGAACUGGGUUUCAUUUCCGACCUAAAAGGCAUUGGAUUAACGACCCAAAUGCACCCUUGUACUUCAAUGGGAUAUAUCAUCUAUUCUAUCAGUACAAUCCCAAAGGUUCGGUGUGGGGCAACAUUGUGUGGGCUCAUUCAGUAUCAAAGGACAUGAUUAACUGGAAAGCGCUUGAUCACGCCAUGUACCCUUCAAAACCGUUUGACAUAAACGGAGUUUGGUCUGGAUCCGCCACUGUCCUCCCGGGUAACAUACCCGUAAUCCUAUAUACUGGGCUGGACCCAAACAAUACCCAGGUCCAAAAUUAUGCCGUACCCGCAAAUGCAUCCGAUCCAUAUCUUCGUGAAUGGAUUAAACCCGAUAACAACCCGUUAGUUGUUCCCACAAAGGAUAUCAAUGCAUCCCAAUUUCGUGACCCGACAACUGCUUGGUGGAGCAAUGGGCAAUGGAAGAUGUUAGUUGGUAGUAGAAGGAAGCUAAGAGGGAUGGCCUAUUUGUAUAGAAGUAAGGAUUUUUUCAACUGGGUCAAAGCCAAACACCCUUUACACUCUGCCCCAAACACGGGUAUGUGGGAAUGCCCGGAUUUUUACCCUGUUUUAUUGGCUGGGAAAAAGGGGCUAGACACAUCUGUGAAUGGGAAAAAUGUCAAGUUUGUUUUGAAAGUGAGCCUGGAUCUUACUAGGUACGAUUAUUAUACAGUGGGAAAAUACAAUGCUGCAAAAGAUAAGUAUAUCCCGGAUAAUACCUCAAUUGAUGGUUGGGAAGGUCUAAGAUAUGAUUAUGGAAAUUUUUACGCUUCAAAAACAUUCUAUGAUCCUGCUAAGAAGAGAAGGAUCUUAUGGGGUUGGGCUAAUGAGUCUGAUUCUAGUGAGGAUGAUAUCAAAAAAGGAUGGGCUGGAAUUCAGGCAAUCCCAAGGACGGUGUGGCUAGACCCUAGUGGGAAACAAUUGGUUCAAUGGCCCGUUGAAGAAUUAAAUUGCUUACGGGGUCAGAAAGUGCAUAAAAAUAAUGUAAAAUUGAACAAGGGAGAUCACGUUGAAAUUAAAGGAAUUACUGCUGCCCAGGCUGAUGUGGAAGCAACAUUCUCGUUUCCAAGGUUAGACAAAGCUGAGAAAUUUGAUCCUAAGUGGGUUAAAGCACAAGACGUUUGCGCACAAAAGGGCUCAAAGAAUCAAGGUGGGGUUGGACCAUUUGGGCUAUUGACAUUGGCUUCGAAAAACCUAGAGGAAUUCACACCUGUCUUCUUUAGAAUCUUCAAAGCUCCAAAGAGGCAUGUUGUUCUACUGUGCUCAGAUGCAAGAAGUUCCUCAUUGGGUGAAGGACUAUAUAAACCAUCAUUUGCAGGCUUUGUCGAUGUAGAUCUAGCCGAUAAGAAGCUCUCUCUUCGGAGUUUGAUUGAUCAUUCUGUAGUGGAAAGUUAUGGAGCAGGAGGAAAGACAUGCAUAACAUCCAGGGUUUAUCCAACUCUAGCAAUUUUAGGAGAUGCACACUUGUUUGUGUUCAACAAUGGGAGUGAGACUGUUACUGUGGAGAAUCUCAAUGCAUGGAGUAUGAAAAGUCCUCGGGUGGACUGAAAAACUACUACAAAAAUUAAUUAGACAAAUAAUGCCUGCCUCGUGGGCUUUUGGGCUUUUGGAGUACAACUUUUUUAUUUUAUUUUUUUAAUCUGGUUGUGUUGAAAUAAAGUUGUAACAGUAAUUUGUGCAGUAAUAAACUUGUUAUGAAGUUGUUUUCAUUAAUUUUAAUUACUCCUUCAUCA